AUGUUGCGUGGAAGUUCGGCUGCUGAAGCGAGGCGCACGGACAGCUUGCAAAGGAGGCAGACGUGCAGGGAACUGCUGCUGCUGCAUGAACUCAUCCAUAAAAACAACAGGUGCUCCCACCUUCCUUGCUCCAACAACAGCAUCAUCAUUAGCAGCAGCAACAACAAGAACAACAACAACAACAACCUCAUCGAGGCAAAUGUGCGACAACACUUCCAAGCCAAGAACACGAACGUCAGAGUUUUAUUUAAUAAAUAUUUUGCCAAGAGAUGUCGCAUCUUGACUGCCAUUUUGUUUUUUGUGACGUCACUAAUUUGCAGGGCAGAUGGCUUAAUAGAGAGCGCCAAAUAUUUAGAAGAUUCCUGUUUGGUUGGCACGUACAGCAGUACAGAGAGGAACAUACAAAUACAUGUAGCAUGUACCGACGCCUUCAGCAAGUACAGAACGCCUCGGCGAGAUUGUGGUGCAUGGUAA